AUGUUGUCGAGGUACGACUUCUUCUACCUGCCCCUGGACAUCCGCACGGGGGCCAACCGUGGCUUCGCCUUCCUGAACCUCGUCGACCCGCAGACGGCCCAGGAGUUCUACCGCUGCUUCCACGGCCGCAAGCUCUCGCGCUCCACCGCGGAGGACGCCGACCUUGCGGUGCUCCGCGCCGACAUGCAGGGCUUCGAGUGCAACGCCGAGCACUACCUAUCCCCGGGCUCGUGGGUCGAAGAGCUGGGGUAG